AUGGGCGGUGAAACUGAGGAAAAGCGGCAUGCUGCAAAAGAUGCUUCUGAUAAGGACUCAAACAACGAGGAGUGUGAGAAUUCUCUUGUCACCCCGAAGACUCCAGAAAAAAAGAACCCGAUCAAGCAUAUCUCUAACAUAGAAACGCCGUUUAAGUUAAAUAUAAAAAGAAAUGAAAUAAAAGAAAAGGAUCUUGAUAAUGAAUGUGUGGUGUUUUCGCAGGCGCAGUACGUGCAGGACAUGGAAGAGGAGGGCGCGUGGUUUAGGAAGAAAAGAAUAGGCAGAAAAGAAAAGCCGUUCAGCGCAGAAACCCUCGAGGCCACCCGGGUAAUAAAAGCAAAGAAAGUCUGCCCAGUAAAGGGCUUCUUCUUAUCUCAUUUUACAAUCAAAAGCACUCUGUACAUAAGCAACGAGUCAGACGUGCACCUCGUGGAGGAAAAGGGAACUGUUGGCAUGAUGGGGCAGGACGACUUCUGCCCGCACUGCGCCAAAACAGAUCUCCAAAAGACGGACGACGAAAAAGCAGAGACCGUUAUAAAAAUUUCAAAAAGAAAAUGGGCAACAAAAAAAGAGAGGUCAAAAGAAGUAAAAGAGGCUAAGUUUCUGUACAGGCUGAGAAACCAGAAAUACAUUGUAAAGAUAAUUCGAGCAUGGGAGGAGCGAGCCGUGCUGUACAUGGAAAUGGCCUUCUGCAACCUAGGAACUCUGAAAGAGUACAUGAAGAAGAACGUUUGCACAGUGGGCACUAAAGAGUCGCUUGUCCUGCAGAUAAUCAAAGGCAUCAAAGCCGUGCACAAGUCGAAGAUAAUACACCUUGACAUAAAGCCCGAGAACAUCUACCUGCACAUGGACACCGCAGGGCACAUGGUUGCCAAAAUAGGCGAUUUUGGAAUCAGCAGAUCAGCACAGGACGAAACUGAAAUUGAGUUUGACGGGGAUAGAUUGUACAUGGCGCCAGAGCUUCUUCAGAAUAAGUGCUCGUAUGCCAGCGACAUAUACAGCACCGGGCUAGUUCUCAUUGAGCUGCUCUUUGACGUAGGUGCUCCUCUCAAAACUAUUUCCUGGAGCAGAAUCCCAAAAAAAGAAAAGAAGGCUAUUGUCCAAAAGUCCGGGAUAUCCUUGCAUAUGUACAACCUUAUAAAGCAGAUGAUAGACGAGAACCCAGCAAAGCGGCCAAGUGCUGCUGAUUUGGUGGAAAGUCUUAAAGUGGCGUACAGAAAAGAAAGACAGCCAGCGUGCGGGGACAGCCGUCUGUCUGGCAACUAA